UCCACCCCCGGGCGCUCCUGGAGUGUCAGCAGUAAGGUUCGCCCCGCCCUCAGCGCCCGGCUCCCCCCGGGUAUCUGCAGAACGAUCGGCUCCGCCCCCGGGCUCCCCCCGAGAGUUGGUAGAAGGGUACAUCCCGCCCUUUGGCGUCUCCACUCCUGUACCCACGGCUUGGGAGAGUGUAUUCCAAAGAAUGGCGAGUCAGGAGAAGCCGGGUAUCGCAGGCCACAUGUUCGACGUAGUCGUGAUAGGAGGCGGCAUCUCAGGACUGUCUGCUGCCAAACUCUUGGCUGAACAUGAAGUUAAUGUUUUGGUUUUGGAAGCACGAGACAGAGUUGGCGGAAGAACAUACACUGUGAGGAAUGAACAUGUGAACUACGUCGAUGUUGGCGGAGCUUAUGUUGGCCCUACCCAGAACAGAAUCUUGCGCUUGUCUAAGGAGCUGGGCAUACAGACAUACAAAGUCAAUGUCUCUGAACGUCUCGUUCAGUAUGUCAAGGGGAAAACUUAUCCAUUUCGAGGUGCUUUUCCACCAGUUUGGAAUCCCAUUGCAUAUCUGGAUUACAACAAUCUGUGGCGCACAAUGGAUAACAUGGGAAAGGAGAUUCCAGCUGAUGCACCCUGGCAGGCACCACAUGCUGAGGAAUGGGACAGGAUGACCAUGAAAGAGCUCAUCGAUAAAAUCUGCUGGACAAAGACUGCUAGGCGGUUUGCUUCUCUUUUUGUGAAUAUCAACGUGACCUCUGAGCCCCAUGAAGUGUCUGCCCUGUGGUUCUUGUGGUAUGUGAAACAAUGCGGGGGCACCACCAGGAUAUUCUCUGUCACCAAUGGAGGCCAGGAACGGAAGUUCGUGGGCGGCUCUGGACAAGUGAGUGAACGGAUAAUGGACCUCCUUGGGGACCGAGUAAAGCUGAAACGUCCUGUCACCUAUGUUGACCAGUCAAGUGACCAUGUCAUUAUAGAAACAUUGAAUCAUGAACUUUAUGAGUGCAGAUACGUAAUUACUGCCAUCCCUCCCAUCUUGACUGCGAAGAUUCACUUUAGACCAGAGCUUCCAUCGGAAAGAAACCAGUUAAUUCAGCGACUUCCCAUGGGGGCUGUCAUUAAAUGCAUGAUGUAUUACAAGGAGGCCUUCUGGAAGAAAAAGGACUACUGCGGCUGCAUGAUCAUUGAAGAUGAAGAAGCCCCAAUUUCAAUCACCUUGGAUGACACCAAGCCAGAUGGAUCGCUGCCCGCCAUCAUGGGCUUCAUCCUUGCCCGUAAAGCUGAUCGCCUUGCUAAGCUCCAUAAAGAAAUAAGGAAGAAGAAGAUCUGUGAGCUCUAUGCCAAAGUACUGGGAUCUCAAGAAGCUUUACAACCUGUGCAUUAUGAAGAGAAGAACUGGUGUGAGGAGCAGUACUCUGGGGGCUGCUACACAGCCUACUUCCCCCCUGGGAUCAUGACUCUAUAUGGAAGGGUGAUUCGUCAGCCAGUAGGCAGGAUUUACUUUGCUGGCACAGAGACCGCCACACAAUGGAGUGGCUACAUGGAAGGGGCAGUUGAGGCUGGAGAACGGGCAGCAAGAGAGGUCUUAAAUGCUUUGGGGAAGGUGGCCAAGAAGGACAUAUGGGUUAAAGAACCUGAAUCAAGGGAUGUUCCAGCAGUAGAGACCACCCACACCUUCUGGGAGAGAAACCUGCCUUCUGUUUCAGGCCUGCUGAAGAUCAUUGGAUUUUCUACAUCAGUAACUGCCCUGUGGAUUAUAGCGUACAAGUUCAAGCUCCUGCCACGGUCUUGAAUUUCCUUCUCAUGCUUUCUCCUUAUGUCUCAGUACCAUCAAAAGGAAAAUGCUGACAAAGGCUAUGUCAUUGGGCCACUUUUAAGUGCACUGAAUUUAGCCCCCUUUAAUUUAGUCUCAAUGUUAAAGUAAAAACAACCCAAAGAAUCACCUCAUUAAUUUCAGUAAGAUCAAGUUCCAUCUUCUUUGUCUGUGUAGACUAACUCACGUUGAUUGAUAGAAUAAAGCCUGGUGAUCGCGUUCAAAAAGCUAAAAUUGAUGUGUUCAUUCAAAACAA